AUGCAGGGAAAGGGUGAUGACCUCCCAGAGCUUCUACCCAUUUCACAUUACAGUCCUGCAGAGGAAGAAGCAGCAGCAGUACUCCUCGCUGAGUUUGGUGUUAGUGGUCCCUAUGAUGAUCUCCUUAACUUUACAACUGCUUCAACAUGCGUUUUUGCUCAUGGUGGUAGGGAUGUAUUUCUCACUGGUGCCCCACAUGGCGAUGUUGAUGAUGAUAAUGAAACAAUUCCCACUGGUAAAACUAUUGAUGAUGUAGAUCAUACAUGGCCGCUUGAGUGUGUUGUGCUUCAUCACACAAAUAUACUUUCUUCAAUAACUGCUGCGCCUCUCUGGGAAGGUGUGAAUGAAGUUUUAGAUGGCAAUGAUGGCGCUACUAACCCUGUUCUCCUUCGGGAAUUAUUAGUUUCUGAAACAACUGAUCCUGUAUCAGUGGAUUAUUCUCAAGUGCCUCAAACUGUUCCAGAGAACGGGGAUGAUGUACAGAUUCUGGAAACGUUAGAUGAGUUGCUGCAUGAAGCAGAUCUCCUGUUAACGAAGCGUAGACCUUUUGUAGAUCCUAUGAGUGAAGUAUCUAUACUAGAACGGCAACGUGCUGUAGCAGAGGAGGAGCGUUGUUGGACUCCUAUCUCUGAUAUUGGUAAUGAUGAUGAUGAUGAUAAUGGUGAUACUGUUUCUAAUAUAAAUACUGAGCUGAUGGAGAAUUUAAGAAAAGCAGAAAAAGAGAGGGAAUCAAGGCCUACUCUCUUUGCGUAUGAAUUUGGACCUACACUGGAAGAACAACAUAUCCUUUCUGAGUGGGAUGAAGCAGUAGUUCGGUGUGAACAACAAGUUGAUGUCUCUGCUCGUGAUGUAUUAUUGAACAUAUAUGAAAUCAUUGAUACAUCUAAAAUUGAUGAGGUGACAAAUAAUGAAAAUCAGAUGCAAGUAAAAGAACAAGAAACGGUAGUUCAUUCUCGACCGCCUUUAUGGGAAGAGGAACAAAAAAUAGUUCUGGAAUCUAUUGCAACUAUGGAAACUAGAGACAGUGAAUUGGAAACUGCAGCAUCUGAAAGAGUGCAACAAGCACGAGAAGAGCGUCACCACCACCCUCGUCGUGUACCUCCUGGUCAACUUGUUCUUGAUAACUUCAUGACACGUAUAGAUGCAAUUGUACCACCUAUUCCAGUGGAAGUUCAAGUACGUACUAUGGUAGCUGAAAAUAAAGAUGAAGAAUCAGAAAUGCAGACAUAUAAUAAUGGAAAACAAGAUGAUAAACAACAAUCUACAAUUCUGGAGCUUAAAACAGAGAAUUAUGAGUCAUCUAGUUUGGAACAGAUACAAAAGAGAGUUGAACGUGAGUGUUUUAUGGUUCGUUGUGAAGCCUAUGAAGCUAGACGUAUGCAGGAAGAGGAUGAUAAGAUAGCCUCUGAAUUACAAUGGCUUGAGGAAGAAGCUAAACGAAUUGAAGAUUCUAUUCAGAAAUGUCUAGACGAAGAGGAAGAAUCCUAUAAGAGUAUAAUUGCAGAAGAAAUCACCACUUAUCAAGAACUUUAUAAAGAAAAGGAGAAGCAUUUUAUAAUGAUGAAGGAAAACGAAAGACAACGGAAAUUAAAUGACGUAGCAAAGCUCUCUGAUGGCUUUAUAAAGGAGCAUGCACGUAUUAGGUAUGAAAUUAUGACACUGGAAGAAAGUUUAGUAAAAAAUAUUAUACAAGAGGAACGAGAAGAACGAGAGAUGUUACAGCAUAAACAAGAGCAGAAUAUAACUUUGAUUGUUAAAUCUGUAGCGAAAUGGAUUACUGCUGUGCUGGGAAAAGACCCUCAUUCCCCUAUUGGUCCUAUAAAUGCACAGGAACUCGCCGUUCAAACGAUCAAUGCGGCCUGGCAGUCCUGGACGGCGUGUUCGUCUCCCCCUGCGGUGAGCGGCGCGGCCCUCCGCCUGCGGGCGCUGCGGGAUGAGCGGCGGGUGGGCGGCGAGUGGCAGCGGGCCGGUGGGCGGGCGGUCGAAGAGACGGCAGUUGCCCUCACGGAGGCGGUCCGGCCGUCAACUCCACCCGCCCACGAAGAACUGCGGCCCCUCAGUCCCAUUCCCGUUUCUAAUUCCAAUGCUGACUUUAAUUCUAAUUCUAAUUCCAACUCUAUUUCGAACCCAGUUGGGGUGCGAUUGGACGCGGCGCGAGCCAAGCAAUUGCAACCAAUUACCCUUGGUGGUGCUGUCAACCCCGAUAAGAGACAGUUAGCACAACUCUGUCAUUCACUUUCUUUCGCGCUAGAAGAAAUCAAUGAGCUAGACCUUGCAAGUCUCGCAACCCUUACAGUGGGCGGCACACGAGUGGCACCUCUUGUGAAGGAACUUGAUUUUGGUGGUAACGCCCUUCGUACUCUCCCACUUGACGGGUUGCUGCGUGUCUUUACAGAACUCCAGCGUUUAUCAGUUAAUGAUAAUGGGCUAUGUAAUGUGGCAUGGCGGUCAGCAGCAGCAGCAGCACGUGGAGUGGCAGAGGCACACGCAAAUGCUAUUGCACGAGCUUCACGUAUUACACAUCUUGAUCUCUCAUUAAAUGCAUUACAAAAUAUUGAAGCAGUAGGAAAACUUCUCUCAUAUCAUCUUCGAUCAUUGGUGAUAUAUGCAAAUCGUAUUGAAUCUCUCUUACCUUUAGAAUCAUGUAUGCAUCUAGAGUCUCUGGAAGCAAGUCGUAACUGUGUUUCUUCUCUCGCAGAGCUAGAAAAACUUUCUCUCUUGCAAACAGUUGAUUUAAGUGAGAAUCGUAUUACAAACUUUGAACCCCUUUCAUCUCGUGUAUUAUUACAAAAUCUAUGUCUGUCAAGAAAUCAAAUUCAAAGUUUUCCAAAGACUGUAUAUCUUGGUUUUUUGCGUCAAUUAUUUAUAAGUGAAAAUCGUAUUGAAGUAAUAUCUAGUGAUAGUUUCCUUUGGCUUCCAUUAUUGUCUUCAUUGCAUCUUGAAAAUAAUAAAUUGCGGGAUCUCUCAGGAUUGGCACAUUGCCCUCGUUUAACAACUGUAAGCGUUGCAUUUAAUCAAAUUCAACGUGUAGAAGAUCUUUUACCUCUUACAGCGUGUAAAAAACUUCAAUCUCUUUCUGUUAUUGAAAAUCCAUUUUUAUGUAACUCUGAUAAAGACAGUAGUAAACAAAUUUCACUUGAAUUGAAAGAAAAACUUCUUAGAUGGUUUCCACAUCUUUCUGAGCUUAAUAAUGAAAAAAUUGGAAAAGAUGAACACGAGAAAUCUUUUUGGAAUGAGACAGAAGAACUUCGAUACUUGUUUAUUUCUCGUAGAUUACGGAAACAACAACAAGAAAAUAUUAUUGAUGGUAUUGGAUUUUGGUCAGGUUCCUUUGUUGGUCAUAAUGAUAUACGACAAAUGUGUGGCGAAUUUGACUCUUAUUCCCUUUAUAAGAGUCCAAUUUUUGCUUAUGCAGAUAUGUUUGCAUCACUAUCAAGUGAUGUAGCAUUAACAAGAAUUCAAAUGGAUCAAGAUGUUCUUACCACUAUGCGCCGACGACAUUAUCACGAUGCAUUACAUAUUGAAGAUGAACUUCGAGAACGACUUGGUAAAUCAAAACAACGUUUAAACCCAGUUGUACAUCGUCUCUCUGAUAAGGUGGAAGAACGUAAUCGUCGUGAUGCAAUACUUUCAAUGCAACGAGACCUUAAAUCGCUACAAACAGCACAUGUAGUAAAAUCUAAUAUGUUUAUUCGUACUACCCUCUAUCAUGAGAAGGCCCAAGCUUAUAGGGAGUCAAGAGCAAAAAUUGUUAUUUGCGAUUGGAUGCAACGAUGGAUGCUUGUUAAACGUGCUAAAAAAGAACUUGAAUCAUUAAAGUUAUCUAAAUCAGAAGAACAACGACGACGAUAUGAAAAAGCUGCACGUAUUAUUCAACCUAUUUGGCGUGGUGCAGCAUUGCGAUCUCGUCUUAAACGUAUAUUACAUCCUGAUGGCGCUGAUGAUGAUGAUGAUGAUAAAUUCGCCCAUGUUUCUCUUGACUUUCUUGAUUCUUCAGAAACAGCACCUGGCGGUAAAAACGGCAGUAGUGGAGUUGGAGCCGUUCUUCAGAGUGUACUUCAGGCCCACGCGUCUCCUCCAAACUUUCAGGUAUCAUCAAACUCUGGUAUUGCAAGAGGCUUUAAUGGUAUUGUAAAUAGUGCUUCUGUAUUUGAUGGUAUUCUCUCACAGCGUGCUAGCUCAGCAACAGGGAUGAGACCAACACACACGAAUCAUCUUGAGGAGAAGCAGCGUCCGGAGAGUCAGCCACAAAUUGUCCAGGGGCCAUUGUCUACACCAUCAGAACCACCAGUGUCGCCCUCUCGAACAGAUGGGGAAUGGGGUGCUCUUGUUAGCUCGCAGUUGCGAAAGAAACAGCGAAAGAUGGAGCGUGCACACCGUGAAAAUAUGGAGCGUGAGUUUAUGAAAGAUCCACUUAAGGUGAAGCGUGCCAUGGGAAAACGCUGA